AUGUCAGACGAACAACAACGCGAAUUCAACAACCUCAGAGACGAGCAGGCCGCUCAGAACAGUGGCAGCAUGAAGGAACACUGGGAGGCGAAGCUCUUGGGCAAGAAGGUCGUUGAUGGGGCCGCCUCUGAAGCCUCUACAUUCUCAAAGAAUGAUCUGCCGAGUGGGCAUAGGGUACUUGGGAAGGGUAGCAUGAUGACGCUGGAUUACAGGCCCGAGAGAUUAAAUGUUCAUGUCGAUGAGGAUGGGACUUGUAAUAGGAUUUCUAUGGGCUAA